CUUUUCAGAUUGACCCUACCAGAUGAUGCAAACAUAUAUGGAAAUGUUCAUGGAGGAACCACCUUGAAACUGAUUGAAGAAGCAGGCAUCAUACUUUCAACAAGAUAUUGUAAUUAUUUAAAGAAAGAUUCUUCUUCAAAAAUCAUCACGUCAAUGUCUCGUAUUGAGAGUGUGGACUUCAUGAAGCCGAUGAAAAUUGGUGAAGUUGUAGAAUUAACAGCAGAAAUUGUCUACACAGCUGAUAGGUCGAUACUUGUUGAAGUCACUGUCGACGCUGAAGAUCUUUUUGCUGCCAGGAAGCACACAACGAACAAAGCUCGUCUAUGGUAUGUAGCAAUGAAUGAAGAUGAAGAUAUAUUGCAGGUUCCACUUAUGACAUACAAUUCUAAAGAGGAGGAAGAAGAGGCGCAGGCAAAAUAUUGCACACUGUUAGUUGAUCCACCUGCCAAAGAACCCAUAUAUGAUGAUGACUCCAUUCCUGACUGUUUACCUAAAAUUCCAGAAGUCCAUAGUGUGGCAUAUUCGGAAACAUGCCUGUCUCUUAUGGUGGGACCAAAUGACGUGGCGUUUGGUAAAAUUUGCAGGGGUGGUGUGUUUUUAAAAUUAAUGGAUGAAUGUGCUGGUAUAGUUGCUGCAAAGCACUGCAGGAACAAUGUUGUAACAGCUUGUCUCGACGCAACCAACUUUUACACACACAUCAGGAUUGGAAAUGUGCUCACUGUUCGAGGCAAGGUUACAUUCACAAGUAAGAAGUCCAUUGAGGUUGAGGUCAUCGUGUCAGUGGUCAGUCCAUUCGAGAAACAGUACAAAUCUAUAAAAGCAGUUGAUGCUUUCUUCACUUACGUAGCCAUCGGUCUCGAUGGCAGAGCUAUGGAAAUUCCUCCUUUGAAGGUGCGGACAGAUAAUGAGAGGAUGAGGUUUGAUGCUGGCAUGAAAAGGUACAUGAAGAGGAAAGAAGGAAGAUCGAGUGAACGAAAAUAG